CCGACAUGGAGGUACACAAAGCAGUUCUUUUACUUGGUCUCUUUCUUUUUACAGGUUUUCUCAGGAGUCACAGUCAAAGCACAGAUGUUCUGGAAGCAUAUAUUAAAACUGAUGGGGCCUGGAUAGUGAAAUUGCCUAAAUCUCAAUAUACUGUCAAUACAGUGGAGGAAUGUGCCGUCAAGUGUAACAAAGAGGUUUCCUUUACAUGCAGGUCCUUCUUGUACAUCGAAAAAGAUCAGGAUUGUGUAACAUUACCUGCCAACUCAAAAACUGAUCAAAUACUGAGAAGAAUGAGUGCUGCCCUCUACGAGAAAAAGGAGUACUUACUGGAAUGUGUAAAUGGCAUUGGCAUGGACUACAGAGGGACAAAAUCCAAGACAAAAUCAGGGAAAACAUGUCAGCGAUGGGAGGGAACUUUCCCCCAUGUACCCAACAUAACACCAAGAGCUUACCCAAAAGCAGAUUUGGAGUCCAACUUUUGUCGAAACCCAGAUGGAGAUAAGGGGGGUCCCUGGUGCUACACCACAGAUCCUGAGAAACGAUGGGAGCACUGCAAUAUCCAAGACUGCACAGAGGAAUGUAUGCAGUGCAGUGGAGAAAACUACAGAGGGAAAAUCUCCACCACUGUGAGUGGAUUCACCUGCCAACGCUGGGACUCUCAGCAACCCCAAAACCACGGUUACCUUCCUUCAGCUCUUCCUGAUAAGUACUUGGAAGAGAACUACUGCAGGAACCCCGAUGGAGAGCCCAGGCCCUGGUGCUUCACCACCAGUCCAUCCAAACGCUGGGAAGCUUGUGCCAUCCCUCGAUGCACAACUGAACCACCGACAAUUGUACCGGAGCUUACCUGUGCAAGUGGAGAAGGUAGUUCCUACAGAGGCACAAUUUCAGUCACAAUCACAGGGAAAACAUGCCAGCAAUGGACAUCCCAAAGUCCUCACAAACAUUCCAGAUCUCCAGAAAAUUACCCAUGCAAAGGCCUUGAUGGGAACUACUGCAGAAAUCCUGAUAAUGAAAGAAGUCCAUGGUGUUACACUACAGAUCCUGAGACCCGCUGGGAAUACUGCAGUGUGCCUAGUUGUGGAGAUCAACCUAGACCUGAGGAGCCCGUGAUCCCCCAGGGUGAGGAAUGUUAUGAGGGUGAUGGAAGUUCAUACCGAGGUGUCAUGUCUGAGACCAUAAGUGGAAAGAAAUGCCAGUUCUGGACAUCCAUGGAGCCUCAUCGACAUUCCAAAACACCUCAGAACUUUCCCAAAGCAGAUCUAAGGAGAAACCUGUGCAGAAACCCAGAUGGAGACAGAGCCCCUUGGUGUUACACCACAGAUCCCACAGUUCGGUGGGAGUACUGCAAUAUUGAGCGGUGUGACAACAGGCCCAACAUACAGGAACCUCCUGCCAAACCAGCAGCUACAACUCCAACACAGUCUACUCCAGCUCAGUCUACUCCAGAUCAAUCUGCUCCCUCAGAAAAAGAUUGUAAAAAUGGCAAUGGAGCAGAAUACCGGGGUUCCACAUCCAUGACUGUCAUGGGAGUGACUUGCCAAGCAUGGAGGUCAAUGACCCCUCAUCAGCAUGCCAGUUUUACCCCUGAAACCCAUCCAGACAAGGGUCUAGAGUCUAAUCAAUGCAGAAACCCAGACAGUGAUGUAAAUGGGCCUUGGUGUUACACAACAGACCCAAGUAAAAAGUGGGAUUACUGUCAGAUCCCAGACUGCGAGAGUCUGAAAUGUGGACAACCAGCAACAAAGCCCAAGCGCUGCUUUGGGCGUAUUGUCGGGGGAUGUGUUUCCAAACCACAUUCCUGGCCUUGGCAGAUCAGUCUUAGGACCAGAGGCAAAAUUCAUUUCUGUGGGGGAACAUUAAUUGAUCCACAAUGGGUCGUAACUGCAGCUCACUGCCUUGAGAGAUCUGAUAGUCCAUCUGCAUACAAGAUCAUGCUAGGAAUCCACACAGAGCGAGCAACUGAAUCAUCAAAACAGGAGCGAGAUGUUACAAAGAUUAUUAAGGGACCAGCUGGAACUGACAUUGCUCUUCUCAAGUUGGACAGGCCUGCAUUAAUAAAUGAUAAGGUGUCACCUGUAUGUCUACCAGAAAAAGACUACAUUGUACCCAGCAAUACUGAAUGCUAUGUAACAGGAUGGGGGGAGACACAGGAUACUGGUGGAGAAGGCUACCUGAAAGAGACCGGUUUCCCUGUAAUUGAGAACAAAGUCUGUAACCGUCCAUCAUUUCUGAAUGGCCGUGUGAAGGACCAUGAAAUGUGUGCUGGGAACAUAGAAGGUGGAAAUGACAGUUGCCAGGGUGACAGCGGUGGACCUCUCGUCUGCUAUGCACAGAACACCUUUGUCCUUCAGGGAGUUACAUCAUGGGGUCUGGGCUGCGCUAAUGCCAUGAAACCGGGAGUUUACACCCGAGUCUCGAAGUUUGUCGACUGGAUUGAACGCAGCAUAAAGGAAAACUGAGAACUGAUCGGAUCAAUCAAAUGAUCUACAACAGAAUUUAAGUGUACAACUCAUGAUGAAAUAAUAAUGAAAAUAAAGUGAUAUUCUAAGAGACCCUGUUCAGAAGUUCAAUAGUUACGGUUGAAGUAAGAAUUAUUAUCCCCCCCCCUGUGAAUUUUUGUUUCUUUUUUAAAUAUUUCCCAAAUGAUGUUUAACAGCGCAAGGAAAUUUUCACAGCAUGUCUGAUAAUAUUUUUUCUGCUGGAAAAAGUCUUAUUUCAUUUAUUUUGGCUAGAAUAACAGCAGUUAUACAUUUUUUUAAAACCAAUUUAAGGUCAAAAUUAUUAGCCCCUUUAAGCUUUUUUUAUUUUUUAUGAUUGUUUCCAGAACAAACCAUUGUUAUACAAUAACUUGCCUAAUUACCCUAACCUGCCUAAUUAACCUAGUUAAGCCUUUAAAUGUCACUUUAAGCUGUAUAGAAGUGUCUUGAAUAAUAUCAGUCAAAUAUUAUUUACUGUCAUCAUGACAAAAAUAAAAUAAAUCAGUUAUUAGACUAGAGUUAUUAAAACUAUUAUGUUUAAAAAUGUUUUCUCUCUGUUAACGGAAGAAUAAACCAGAUGUCUUCCACUAUGAACAGGCAAUUCCCAGUGAACAUGUUUUAUUACAGAACUUUCUAGAAUGUAAUCAGAUCUGGUAAAGGAAAAAUAGUUUGAAUACAUUAAACAGUCGGUAAACA